CUGUCUCCGCAUCAGCUCGCCCACCGCGCAGCGCAGCACCGCACCUAAGUGCCCCUUCUUUUUUCAGCAGCCAUGCCGCAGCCCGGAGUGAUGGGCGCCAGCGGCCUAUCGGAGGGCGGCGCGAAGCCGCCCUUGAAGAAGCCGGACUGGAACAAGGGCCACCUUCGUGUGGCGAAUGCAAACAGUCCCUUCGCGGCUGAGCUCUUCCUGCAGAUGAACCGUGCGCGGUCUGACCCGGUCACCUACGCGGACGAGAUGUACAGCGAAACUGCAAAGGAGACGCUGCUGAAACAGAAUCCGGCUCCGCCGCUCCAGCUGAUCAGCUCCGGGAUGACAAAGGCGUGCCUCGACCAUGUGCAGGACAUGAAGAAGGUGGACCUGCUGACUGUGCAGGACGUGCACACGGGCCGCGACGGGUCCAACCCGCUGGCUCGGAUGGAGCGGUAUGGGGACUGUGUGGGGGAUGUCGCGGCGGAGAUGGUGCUGCUCAAGCCCGCCAAAAAGGCAGAGCGGCCUGACAAGGCGGACGUGGCGGCCGAUGUGCGAGCGGUGAUGACCCAGAUGAUCGAGGACCCGGGGAAGCUGGAGAUCCUCUUUCGGUCCGACUGGAGGGCGAGCGGGAUCGGCUCCGGCAUGUACGGCAAGGGGGGUAGGAUGGUCGUCUGCACCUUCACCACGGAGUUUGACGACAACCCGUACGCCUCGUGGGUGGACGUCAACGUCAAGACGCGCGUCUUUGGCGCGGGCUGCUGCCUCUGCUUCAUCACGCCCGAGCCGAUCAACAUCAAAGUCACUGUGCCGUGCUCCAUCAUGUGACGAGGCGCCGCAGCCCGGCGCCCCUCUGUGGUCUCGCUUCCAGGCCGCGAGCUUAUUUAUUGAGAGAGGCACUGCCAGUGAUGUCGCUGUAUCCUAUAAACGUUGAGGUCAUGUGUCGUUCGUGACGAUUGAGUUCGGACACUCGUGCCACACAUCGCGUGCAAUCGUCACCGGGGAGGAGCGAGAGAAAAAAAGGGUGUGUACGUCCUC